GAUGGGGACAGUAUCUGACAGUUGUUGCUGCCGAGGCACGCUGCUUCUUCAGUCCCAGCAGCGGGUCUUUCAGAGGGCACAGGAUCCUAACAGAAGUCGCGCUCAACCUUUUCUUCUUCACAAUUUACACCGAAACACAUAAAUGACCAUGGGGAAAGGCUGCAUGACAGCGAGCAAGUACUUCUUGUUCUUCUUCAACCUCAUCUUCUUUCUGUUUGGGGCCGUCAUCGUUGGCUUUGGAUUUUGGAUUCUCCUGGACAAUCAGACUUUCAUCAUUGCCCUGAAAAACUCCACAGAUGUGAAGUUGGCAUGCUACAUUUUGAUAGGAGUUGGAGCUUUCCCCAUUCUCAUAAGCUUCCUCGGUUGCUUGGGGGCCAUUUAUGAGAUCCGCUCUCUGCUGAGCCUGUACUUCAGCGUCCUCCUGCUCAUCCUCAUCACUCAGUUUGCAGCUGGUGCCCUCAUCUACUUUCAGAAGGAUGUGGUCAAUGAGCAGAUCUCCAAGGUCAUCACUAAGGUACUGGACAAAUACUCUGGGAACAAUUCAACCACAGAGCAGGCCUGGGACUUCAUCCAGACUAACAUGGAGUGUUGUGGCUGGAUUGAUCGUACGGAUUGGAGUGGUAACAUGGUCAUCGUCAACAGCUCGCAGCUGCUGUUUCCCUGCUCCUGCCAGAACAUCUCACUUAUUUCUGGAAACUUCUCUGACAGUGGAUUCUGUGAGGCUAAGACACCUGACUGGCCUGUAUACGAUGUGGGAUGUGCCGCCAGCGUGGAGAGAUGGCUCCUCACCAACACUGGGGUUGCGUUAGGCAUUUGCCUUGGAGUGACUCUUAUUGAGCUGCUGGGGAUGAUCCUGUCCAUCUGCCUGUGCAGGAACGUUCGCAUGGAGGAUUAUACCAAAGUGCCAAAGUACUGAAGCUCAGCGGAGGAAGUUACAUUACUGAACUCAAGAAACACACAAAUAGGGAGCAAAGUAUUUGGUGAAAUUGUAUCCAAGGGUAAUAAUGAAAUAUGUCUAUUUUUUUCCUUAGAUUUUAUUAGAUUUUAUCCUCUAAGGCUUUUUUUCAGUCUGGUUUUAUUUUAAAAACUUAUAGUUUUGAACUUUGGAUCAAAGCACAAAGCUGAAAAAUGCUGAGAGGACACUGGGUUAGAGGAGAUUAAUAAAGAAAGGUGUAGUACUGGAGGAUUUCUUUCCCUGCCAGUGUUGCUGGUCUCCACAGUGCCAAUUUGCUGCUGCAUGCUUUUAGUUUCCCUUGAAAAUAUGAAAGUAAACCAUCUGUGCAUCUGUAAUAGUGAAGUGAAACAGUCUUUCAAAGAUGGAUAUACCUUUCCUUUGGAGGCAUUAAUGAGCAAAAUUAGCCAUUGAAUUUUCAAAAUGUUAAAACUUUCCAAUUUGGCCAUCAUGUUCAUUUUAGGUAAACAGCUGUGUUCCCGGAGAAAUUCAACCACUGGAGUCAUUUCAGAGAUUUUACCCUUGAUUGUUAAUCAUUCCAAUGCUUUUGACAAUAUACUGUAAAAGACUUCGAAUGAAACACAAACUAUUGUUAGCAAAUCAUUCAAAAAAAUAUAUAUGCAUGUAUCUCACAUGAUGGCCAUUUAAAAAAAAAAAAAUACGAACUCUGGUGUUUGUAUCUACUUUUAAUGAUCUCCCUGUGAUGAUAAGAUGCCUGCAGCACUGUAAAGAUGUCAAGAAAAGCAAAGUUUUGGCGAUUCUGGAAAGUCCACUUGGUGGAUGUUUUGUUUUAUUUUUAUAUGCCAGUGUUUUGAGUUAUUGUGUGAUGUUAUAGUAGUUUGUCUGGAAUUUAAGUGUUUAUUUGUAAGAAUUUGAGUCCCAAAAGUAUUCCUUCCAGUAUUUUCUAUGGCAGCAGGUCUCUCCUUCAAUUUUUAAACAAUAUUCUUUCCCAUUCUCCUAAUUGCUUUUAAGUCUGAAAAUAAUAAAGGAAAUAAUAAGGUACUAAAAAGAUACUUGUCUUCUAAAAGUAUCACAGUUUACUAUUGGCAUUUUUAAACAAGCAAAUAGACCAUUUUUAGGUCUAAGUAUGGAACCUUGUUUAAUCCAGAAGUUUGAGAAGAGUAGCGCAUUAAUUGUAACCACUUUUGAACUGUAUGACAUGAUGGAACUAUUUUCAGCAUGGAUCCUUGGUAUUCAUUUGUGUACAAUUUUAAUUUCAAGCCAGUAUGUGGUUUUCUCAGUGGCCUGUUUUUUGUUUUGUUUUGUUUACAGUCGCAUAAAUAACUUCCCAUUAACCUUGUAAUGGUUUCUAAGACACAAAAGGAUACAUCUGUUUAGAAGUACAUGGCCUUCUUCAAUUAUAGCUUGUUGGUGUCAUAAGUAUGUACUCACAAAUGGAUUCAUAUUUCAUUUUGCCAAUAAACUGA